GGGCUCAUGCGCAGAGGGCUGCCUACCCCCCGCCCCCUCACGUCAGCUGCGCGAGCCAUGAGUGACGGGUUCGGGAAGGCGGAGUCGGGCGCGCAGCUACUUGCACGACUGGAGGGCAGAAGUUCUCUGAGAAAUCUUGAGCCUUAUCUGUUUGCUGAUGAAGGAUUUCCCAUUCAUGGAGAUGUCAUUGAAUUCCAUGGUCCCGAAGGAAGUGGAAAAACAGAGAUGCUUUAUCACCUCAUCACUCGUUGCAUCCUUCCCAAAUCAGGAGGAGGUUUGGAAGUAGAAGUCAUGUUCAUUGAUACAGACUACCAUUUUGAUGUGCUUCGUCUGGUUACCAUUCUUGAACACAGACUACCCCAGAGCACAGAAGAAACCAUAAAACUGUGCCUUGGAAGGCUUUUCCUUGUUAACUGCAACAGUAGCACACAGUUGCUUCUCACUCUUUACUCUCUAGAAAAUAUGUUUUGCACUCGCCCUUCUCUCUGCCUUUUGAUUUUAGAUAGUAUAUCUGCUUUUUAUUGGAUAGACAGAAGCAAUGGUGGGGAGAGUUAUAACAUGCAGGAGUUGAAUAUGAAAAAGUGUGUUAAAUUUCUUGAGAAGCUUGUCAGAGAGCAUCAUUUAGCUGUGUUUGCAACCACACAAACAAUUAUGCAGAAAUCUUCAAGCUCUGCAGAAAGUUCCUUUUCCUUAAAACAUCAGUGUGAAGCUGAUGUAGACUACAGGCCUUAUCUUUGCAAAUCGUGGCAACAAUUGGUAACCCACAGAAUAUUUUUCUCUAAGAAAUGUCAUUCUAGUAACAGCAAAGGUUUUUCAAUUGUUUCUUGCCAUGUCAAAAGAAACCAUGUAGUGAAAUGUUCAUUUAGUGUUGCAGAAUGUGGAGUUCAGUUUUAACUUGAAUUUGCUUUUAAAGUUAUAGUAAAUCUUUAGUCUAACUAGCCUUCUGUAUUUUUUUUAUAUCUUUGUACCUUCUUAAUCUUGAUUUGUUUAUGAAUUUUGUUACGAACAUUAAUUAAAUUCUGUGAAGAGCAGAGGAAAUACAAAGAUUUGAAUGACUGUAAGUUCAGCAUAAAAUAGAGAAGAAUGUUGUAACUAUUUAUGUGUGAUUGAUACAUCAAGAGAUUAAAUCAAGAGAACUAGAAGUCAA